GUCCGCAACCAGUCGCACGCACAAGUUGAGCGAGCGCAGAGAUGAAGAGGAGGCUCCAAAAGAAAUACUUGAUUGUCAUCCUCGCCUACACGGGUUUGCUGCUCGUCGUCCCGUAUGUGUUGGAUUUCGGGGAGCGCUCGGUGCAGCGAGCCAAGCACGGGCUCCUGCAGCAGCAGCGGCAGCGGCAGCAGCAGUCGCGGUGCUCGGAUCUGAAGAACGCCGUGGCGCUGCUGUGGGAGCACGGGUACAAAGUGGACGGCGCCAACGGCACGGAGCCGCCGCGCACUCACAUCUACCUGCACGCCACCUGGAGGACCGGCUCGUCGUUCCUGGGCGAGCUGUUCAACCAGCACCCGGACGUGUUCUACCUGUACGAGCCCAUGUGGCACAUCUGGCAGGCCCUGUACCCGGGCGACGCGGGCAGCCUGCAGGGCGCCGUGCGCGACAUGUUGAGCGCGCUGUUCCGCUGCGACUUCUCCGUGCUCAAGCUGUACGCCGGCUCGCAGAACCUCACCACCGCCUUCAUCUUCGGCUGGAAGAUGAACAAGGUGGUGUGCUCCGAGCCGCUGUGCGACGCCCACCAGCGCCACCGCGUCGGCCUGGUGCAGGAGGACCGCUGCGCCAAGUGCCCCAAGCGGGACAUCCGCGAGCUGGAGCGGGAGUGCAAGAAGUACCCGGUGGUGGUCAUCAAGGGCGUGCGCGUUCUGGACCUCAGCACCCUCGUGCCCCUCAUGAAGGACCCGGCCGUCAACUUGCACAUCGUGCAGCUCUUCCGAGACCCGCGAGCCGUGCACAACUCCCGGCUCAAGUCCAAGCAGGCCCUGGUGAAGGAGAGCAUCCAGGUGCUGCGCAGCAAGAAGCACAACGACAAGUACAAGCGUCUGCUGGUGCCCAACGCCCGUGUGAACCGCGCCGAGAGCUACGUGUCCGGCGCCAUGGAGCUCAUCUGCGACAACUGGCUGGGCGACAUGAUGCUGGUGACCAACGCGCCGCCCUGGGUGCGCCGCAGCUACCGCCGCGUCCGUUACGAGGACCUGGUGCUGCACCCGGCCGAGGAGUUGCAGAAGCUCUACCUCUUCUCCAACCUGUCCACGUCGCCGGCGCUGGAGAGCUUCGCGCUCAACAUGACCCACGGCCGCGGCUACUCGUCGGACCGGCCCUUCCUCAUCUCGUCGCGGGACGCCAAGGAGGCCAUCUACGCCUGGAGGGAGAGGCUCAGCGUGGAGCAGAUCGACCAGGUGGAAGCCUACUGCAGUGAGGUCAUGAGGCAGCUCGGGUACCCCAAACACGCCGCUGACAAAACCACAUGAGGAAGAGCGUACGGGGGCCUGCAAGCCAAGGCUCAGGGCAAAAGACGGAACAACAGCUGGAACGUGGCCGACUGGGAACGGCCGUGUCCGAAGAGCAGGAGUAAGAAGAAGGCAUUAAAAAAAAAGUGGGUAAGAAAGACCGGGGAGCCUCUUAGCAGUCUUACCUGUCGAGCGGCGGCCAGGAGGCUGCUCGACACGUCAGUGCCCAUUUAUAGUCGCACUAAUCCCCCCCGCCCCAUACUCUGACUUUAAAUCCCCAUAAAAAAAAAAAAAAAAAAAGUUGGCACCGACAGGUCGGAGCCUCACCUUGGCGUGACUGGGCUAAGUGGAUCGGCUAACGGCCGCUAACUGAAAAGUUCAAGGCCACUACUGUACGUGUGUGUGUGCUUUGGGAGGCCUGGGUGAGGAAGUGGGCUCCCUCCCCCCUCCUCAUUCCAGGCCCUCUCGCCCCUGAGGAAUCUGGACAGCUGCAGCAGCACCACACUGACAAAACACUCACAUGGGCGGGACUUUUUUUUUUUUUUUUUUUUUCCCCCCCCACUCUAUCCUCCCAAUGACAUCUUAUGGAGAGACUUUUUUUUUUUUUUUUUUUUUCUUACACAUGGUACAGAUUAGGGUUGCAAAAUGUUUAAAAAGUUAGAACCAUGUGAAUUGAAGGGAUUUCAUAGGAAUGAAUGCGAUUCAACCAAGAAUUUAUCGAAUUGCAAGAUUGGCUCUUAAUAAGGAAUUUAAACGCAGUCGUUCCCUUUUUGCUUCGCUUUUUUAUUUUCUUCUUAUUAUUUUUUAAAUAUCGCGGAUUAAGCGCUUUAUGGCCGGAUUUUGUGGUGAUUAUUCUUCCACACGGCGCAGUCAGUGCGAGCCAGGAGGAAGGCGUGCAUGGAGAAUGUCCAAAAUUUGAGAUGAUUUCACCCUUCAUGAGAGAAGCUAAAGUGAAAUGUGAAUAUCGUACAAUAUAAACGUUAGCUGAUUUAAUAUAGCCUACCACUGCUAUUUAGAACGAAUGUGAUGCCGGAUAUCAUAAAGUUCCAUUAAAUUACCCUCAAUUCCCAAUUAAUUCCUAAUAAAUUCAUCUGGAGAGUUUAUAAUUUGGAUUAUUUCCAAAAUUCCCCGAUUUGACUUCCCAUGGAAAUUGACCAGAACCUUUCUGGAUACUUACCGAACAUUUUCCACCCCUUUGCAAUCCUAGUACUGAUUAUUUACAACAACAAAAAAAACUUUUAUAUGAGUUUUUUGGUGAUCUAAACAUCGACCUGCAUCCAGAUUAUGGGUGUUUUGAUGAUCAAUUUCAGAAGUUUGAUUUAUUUAUUUUUUUUGUCAUACUUAAACGACGUGAAUAACUUUUUGACUAUUUAAAUUGACCUCAAUAAAGAGCUAGUGAAAACAAAUACAAUGUUGUGUGAUUGCUAUUUGCUCUUCUACCAUUGGAAUAGAGACAAUAAUGUCAUUAUGUUGCAUUUUCCAGAUAAGGAAUAUUUGGCCUUAAUCACUAUACUGUAUAGGAAUUUUCAUAUAGUGGACUACAUACAGUAGAGUAGAUAUAAAACGUCUACACACCCCUGUUCAAGUGUCAGGUUUUUGUGAUAUGAACAAAAAAAAAAAAAAAAAAAAGUUUUUAUCUUGGUCAUAUCUUUUAUAUAUAUAUAUAUAUAUAUAUAUAUAUGAAGGGAUUUCAUAGGAAUGAAUGCGAUUCAACCAAGAAUUUAUCUAAUUGCAAGAUUGGCUCUUAAUAAGGAAUUUAAACGCAGUCGUUCGUAUAUAUAUAUAUAUAUAUAUAUAUAUAUAUCACAAAAUAAUUAGCAUUUGAACAGGGGUGUGUAGACUUUUUAUAUCCCCUGUAGUUGACUAAAAAGUCCACUACUAUGUGGUGGUCACACAGAAGCUGUGUUCAGAAUUAUUCACUCAUUCCCUUCUCCUUAAUCACCGUUUCGAGCCCAAAACAAAAUUUGCACGUAUGUUUUCCAUCUUGAGCAAAAGUGCUCGGUUUCCAAACUCUUUGGUUUUCGUGUCGGUUACACCUCUAAAUGUCUUUUUCGCUGGAAAAACGCACAUCUGAAAAUGCACAUCGACAUUCCACAUUUGUGAUCGCAGGUCGACCCGGUCAGUCACGUGUCCCAAUACGUUUGCAGAAAAAAAGGGUGGUUUCUUCGUCUUUUCUUUUAAUAUCACACCCAAAUAUUUUCAGAGUAAACCAAAAAUGGAUUGUUUUUCCACCCUUUCGACCGCUCUGUGGUUUUUAUGAUGUUUACGCCGCAAACUAAGAAAGCAAAUGCAAUCAAAACACUUUGAGGUUAAAACGAGUGUCAAAAAGUAUACGCUUAUUUCUAUAUUUUUUUUCCCCCUUGAAUGUGGCCCUUGUCCUCAAAAGACCGUUACAGUGAAUCAUCUGCAGCACAGCGGUCACUUUGCCGCCGGUCGGGAAAAUGUUUUGCACGGCGCGCGUGCGGAGCGAGCGUGACGGUCCUGCGUGGCGUCAAGCGCUCCCCCCCACUGCCCACCGCCACAAAUGACAUCGCAUUACGUAACGGGCAUCUUCGUCACUUUCAGGCCCCCCGCGCUCUUUUGCGACAAAAAGUCAUGUUAGUGCACAGCCAUAUUUCCUCUCGGGGUGAUCAAAUCAAUUUUGUCGAGCAUGUAUUAAUGGGGAUUAUUUAUGGGAGGAGAUGACUAAUUAAAAACUUGAGGCCAUUGUCCACAUUUGGCCUUUUACGUCAGAAAAUGAUUGUUUUGGAAAAUGGAUUUUUCCACAAGUCUGCUGCUGCCUGUUGCCCUUUGUAAGCCAAAUACUUCAAAUUCGGGGGGGGUAAAUAGUUCCUCUGUAAUAAUAAGGCUUGUGAACAACAACAAGCUGAACAUAAAUUAUUUUAAAGUACUUUUUUUCUAUUGCCAUCAAAUGUUUUUAGUGUGGCCAACAAUUAAAAGCGCAGUGCAACUAAAAUUAGCUUUUGUAAUACAAUAAGAUAACUUUUUGGUGGGGGGGGGGAAAUGUUUUGGAACAAUUAUUUGUACAAUGUAUAUUUUUUAUUUGUAAAUUUUAACGAUAUUAUUUUCGUAUUUUUUUUCUAAAGGAAGAUUAUUUUAUAGUCUUGUCAUUAUUUUAGCUAAUAGUUAUAAUAAGAAAUAUGUGUUAUGAUAAAUAUUGAUUAUGUUUUUGUCCAAUCAUUUACCAUUCUCUUUUUUUUUUUGUCGUACAUGGCAUCUUAUCCUAAGUAACCAAAUUAACCGAAAUAAUUCGAUAAUUAAGGAGCAACUGCGCUUCAAUCUAAAUGCAUGAUGCCCUCUUCCCUAUUGUGGUUUUGACGUCCUUUCCGGAAAUGACUUUCUUCUGGCUUCCGAUUGGCUGGAGCUGCCUCACAUAUCGACACCAUUUAUUUUCCUGCCCUGCAAAUGUGAUUGCAUGCAAAUAUUUUGAUGUAUUACACUGGAAUAUGUGACAAAUAUCCACGUCCGUACGCUUUUGGAGACGUGCGACCUCAGCCAAGGCUCAAAAAGCGGGGGGGACACAGCUGCUAUUGUUAAAACGGUCAUGGGACGUAACAAAGCGGAUGAUUGUGGUGCUUUUCCAUAUUUACUCCGGUUCUCUGGACCCCGCUGCAGCUGCUGGUGCGCCUACGGAGACAUCUGGGAGGGCCGCCCCCCUCCCCCACCCCCCUUCCCUUGUGCUGUUCGCAUGCAAAACAAACCCCCAGCCAGGCAACAAAACACAACAGCUUUGGGUAGAAUCACGCUAAACGCUAGCAGAAGCGCUAUCGCGCAUUUACAACCUAAAUUCUAAAUCAUGUGUAAAGUUACAGUGGCUUACAAAAAGUGUAUUAAAUACACUUUUUAUGAAUAAAACCGCCGUCUCGGCUUUUGAUGAACACUUAGGCCUUCUAUGCUACUGUAUUUUCAUUUUGGUCAUGAUUGUGGCACUCUUGAGUAUUUUUUUAUUUAGGUGGUACUUGGUCUGAAAAAAGUGAUUUAACCGAUCAGAUGGCUCGCUGGCCCAACAUUAUGUUAGCCUGUUUGCCCUCCUCUGAUUGGUUGGUCAGAGCAAAACUUGUUCCUGACAACUUCAAUCAGCAAAACAAAGCUGUAGCGAUCGGCGCAAAUUCCUAUCUUGAUUUAAAUGUUGUCGUCAUGUUAUUACCUAACUAUUGAUUGCGAAUUGCUCCAGAUGAGGAUGAUUUUUGUACACGGUCAAACCUUUAAAGUCCGGCACCCCGGCAGCGUUACACAUGAUCGAAGUGCAGAAGGGUUGAAAUGCUACACUAACACGUAUUCAUUACAGCAAUACCUAUAACAAGCCUUUAGGUGGCAGUAUCGCUCCGCUCCAUUGUGUCUAUUCCAAACCAGUCGUCGUACUCUGUUUUAGUUUAAUUACACAGUGGUAAACCUCUCCGUUUACAAUUGUAUAACAGUUACGAAUGUUCACAGACUAGUUCUACUUCCACUGAAAAUGAAUCAAAUCGGCCCAGAAUGGAUUGCAUUUGCCCGUAAAGUUUCCACUUCAGCACAGUCCAUUCCCAUCAAAUCAAAUAAAAAAUAAAAAACUUUAAGAAAAAAAAAAAAAAAAACAUGAUAAAAUGAAUGAAACCAUUACAUAUAAAUUACAGACAUAUGUCGUCAUAUUUGGCCGUGUCAGUCAACAGAAAAGUAUCCAAGAAGAUGCAAACAAAACACAAACAAAUAAACAAGAUGAACCCAACGCUGAUGAUGGAAAACGUCAGCUCCUUGAUGGCAGUAAUAAAUGCCAAUAAUCUUUCAUUUGCUCAACUUUUGGCUUAAGUGACGUCACAUUUGGCCACAUUGGACAAAAACAAUUUGCAGGAAAUUGCAAACGACCCAAAAAACAAAUAAUAAUAACAAUAAUUUUGAAAAAAAAAUCAAUCAAUAAUUGUUGACGUUUCUAAAUUACAAACUUAACUCAUAUUUGGCCCCAUUCGAUUAACAUGAAGUAUUCAGGAAGACGGGUUAAAAAAAAAAACAACAACAACAACAACAACAAAAUAUAACUCAAUGCGGAUGAUGAAAAGACUAGCUCCUAGGUGGAGGUAAUAAAUGUUAAUUAUAAUAACCUUUGAAGUUGCUAAAUUACAGACCCAUGUCAUGUUAUAUUUGGCCUCAUUAAAGAAAAAUAUUUAAAAAAAAUAAAAUAAAAUACCCAGAAAUACUAGCUCCUUGGCCGCGGUAAUAAAUGUAAAUAGUAAUAAUAUUACAUCUGCUGAAUCAUUGGCUUAAAUCGUGUCAAAUUUGGCCCCAUUGGACAAAAAAAAAAAAAACACACAAAAAAAAAACAACAACAAAAAACAAUUGUAUCAAGGAAAUUGUAAACAAACAAACAAAACAAAAAAACUGACAACCCUAACGGUAAUGAUGAAAAGACUUGUUUUUGUUGGAGGUAAUAAAAGGAAAUGGCGUUAAAUUUGCUGCAUUAUUCUACUGUCGUACUAAAUUUGGCCCUCUUGAACAAAACAAAGUUCCCAGGAAGUUGCAAACGUACAGCAAAAAAGCCACACUCAACCCUCAUAAUGAAAAGAUAUUGACAUUUAUUACCUCCACCAAGGAAGUAAGAAAUGUUAAUGAUCAUCGUUGAAGUUGUUCAAUUAUGAGCCUGCGUCAAGUCAUAUUUGG